GACUGACUGACUGACUGACUGGCCUUGGCGUCGAGUGGAGCGAAGGGAGGCGGCGAGGCCUGCGCUGUCUGGGCACCUGGGAUUUCUUUCUGCCUCUUUCCCACCCCCUCCCCUCCCUCCCCGCGCUCUUUCUCUCUUUCGUGGGCCCUCUCUUCUCCCCGAGAGCUUCGAGGCUCGGCGUCUUGCUGAAGCGGAGGAGGAGGAGGAGGAGGAACGUCGCUGGCCAGGCCGAGGCGGGGAGGUGGUUUAUUCCUCCUUUCAAAGUCCCGUCUUCCCCCAAAACCCAGCCGCACCCCCCGGGGGAAAAAAAACCAAGAUACCUCAAGACUCCUCACGGCGCGCACCGACAACACGCACACACACACACACACAAAGGACGAUGAAGGGCCCCGGCGACGGAUUUAAAGAAAUAUGCAUUGUUACAAUUUUAUUCUGGAAUUGAUGAAGUGGAAAUACAGAUGAAAUCAGCUGGUACAGCAUUGACUAUACAGUGCUCUUUCACACAGUUCUGCAAUAGAAGAAAACAAGUUGGAAGUAAUUAACUAGCUGUUUCAACUGAUCACCGAAUCUUCUGUCCGAUUUUACUAAGCAGUCCGGCUAAAAAGUUGUCAAGCAGCAGGGCAGUUUGCCAGAGUUGACAGCACAUAUAAAGGAGUUAAAUGUGAACAAUGAUUUGUCUGAAAGUUUACAUCAGAUUGCUGGGGUUCUGUGCAUUUGUCAUUUUUCAAGUUCAAGGGCAGAAUCUAGACAGUGUGCUUGAUGGAACAGGUAUAAAGAUGGAUCCUGAUCGUAAGAAGCAGGAAGAUGGAAUAACUGUAGCUCCAGAGGACACAUUGCCUUUUUUACAGUGCUACUGUUCAGGGCAUUGUCCAGAAAAUGCAGUUAAUAACACAUGCAAAACAAAUGGACAUUGUUUCGCUAUCAUUGAACAAGAGGAGAAUGGAGAGAUUACACGUGCUUCUGGCUGCAUGAAAUAUGAAGGUUCAGACUUCCAGUGCAAGGACUCUCCAAAAGCACAACUGCGUCGAACAAUUGAAUGCUGUCGGACAGAUUUCUGUAAUCGAGACUUGCAGCCAACAUUGGCCCCUCUUGGUCCUUCAGAUGGUCGGUUUGAUGACAGCAUACGUUGGAUAGCUGUGCUUAUUUCUAUUGCAGUCUGCAUAAUAAUUAUGAUUGUCCUACUUAGCUGUUUCUGCUACAGGCAUUAUUGUAAAUGGGUAGCAAAAAGGCAGUGUUAUAAUCGUGAUCUGGAGCAAGAUGAAGCUUUUAUUCCCGCUGGGGAGUCACUCAAGGAUCUUAUUGAUCAGUCACAGAGUUCUGGAAGUGGUUCAGGACUUCCAUUGCUGGUCCAGCGAACUAUUGCCAAACAAAUUCAGAUGGUACGGCAAGUUGGGAAGGGGCGAUAUGGUGAAGUGUGGAUGGGUAAAUGGCGGGGUGAAAAGGUGGCAGUGAAAGUAUUUUUCACCACUGAAGAAGCCAGCUGGCUUCGAGAAACUGAGAUUUACCAAACAGUUCACAUGCGGCAUGAGAAUAUACUUGGGUUUAUAGCAGCAGAUAUUAAAGGCUCAGGCUCCUGGACCCACCUUUACUUAAUUACAGAUUAUCAUGAAAAUGGAUCAUUGUAUGAUUUCCUGAAGUGUACCACUCUAGACAACAGAGCUCUGCUCAAACUGGCAUACUCCGCUGCAUGUGGUCUCUGCCAUUUGCACACAGAAAUAUAUGGGACACAAGGAAAGCCUGCUAUUGCUCACAGAGACUUGAAGAGUAAAAAUAUCUUGAUAAAGAGAAACGGGACUUGCUGUAUUGCUGAUUUGGGGCUUGCUGUCAAAUUUAACAGUGAUACUAAUGAGGUUGAUGUUCCAUUGAAUACAAGAGUGGGAACAAAGCGUUACAUGGCUCCAGAAGUCCUAGAUGAAACUCUGAAUAAAAAUCAUUUCCAGCCAUAUAUCAUGGCUGAUAUCUACAGUUUUGGCUUGAUAAUUUGGGAAAUGGCUCGACGUUGUGUUACAGGAGGUAUUGUUGAAGAUUACCAGCUACCCUAUUACGACAUGGUGCCCAGUGAUCCUUCAUAUGAAGAUAUGAGGGAAGUGGUAUGUGUUAAGCACCUGCGCCCAGUAGUAUCUAAUAGAUGGAACAGUGAUGAAUGUUUGAGAGCAAUAUUGAAAUUAAUGUGUGAAUGCUGGGCCCACAAUCCUGCCUCCAGACUUACUGCUUUGAGGAUUAAGAAGACGCUUGGCAAGAUGGUGGAAUCACAAGAUGUUAAGAUUUGACACAGAAAUGUCACUGAGGAGUGAAGUUUGGACUCCUGAAGCUAUUCACUUGUGCAAAUGUAGGUUUAGUGGAACAAUGGGGGUGAGCUAGCAUCUGAGUUUUAGCCCACAUCCUCACCACUUUUACAGGCUGCUAAUAUUAAAUCUUUCAGUACUUUGUAGAAUAAGGUAUCCAUGUACACUAUAUGGUACAAAUCUGGAUAACCUUUUUUUAACUUUCUGUUUUGAGCUGCAUUGAGAUUUUCACCACACUUUCAAACUCCCUUAAAAUUCUUGAGUUCUGAAUUGCAUAUUCAGAUUAUAGUGCUUUCUGGGAAAACCUUAAGUUAAAAUGAAUUCAACAGCAAUGGGAGAAAAAUUAAACUUUUUGUCUUCUACCUGAUUAUAUUACUGACUCCUGGAGGAAUAACCAACAGCUCCGAGUCUGGAGUACUGUGUAAUUUGAUAAUUCAUUAUGCCUUUUAUGGGUUUGUGUGUGUGUGUGUGCCAGGAUUUCCCCCACGCCAUUUGGAGUACAUAAGAAGCCAUUUGUGUUCACGCAAGCUACCACUUUCUUCUCUGUAAUGGAGUAUGAGAACAGUAUGGAUUGCAUAGAAAAUUAAUUUCUAUGUUCCUUUUGUGCUGCAUGGAAAAAAUUACAUAUUUUAUGACCAAAAAUCAAAAGCACUGCUAUGCAGUAAGUCAACUUCAAUUCUGAUGUGAAGAACAAUUCAUAACUCAAUUCAGCGCUAUGAAUUUCUGAAGACUGAGCACACAACAUGGAACAGCUGAACUACUCUGAUAAUUUAAGUGCCUGUAAUCUUGUACUGUAAACUGUACCCUAGUUAGAUUUUAAAAGGGAAGUUAUUUAUAUUGCAUUUUUUGUAAAUUUAUUUGUUAAAUAUCUGCUCUUUUGUGUAUGUAUAAACAUAUUAUAGUAUGUGUAAACGUACUAUACGACACCUGAAGAUUUUAAAAUAUUAUUCUGUUUAAGUUUGAUCAGAGACACAACUGCUGAAUAUGGCGUGUACAAAUCUGUCAAAGUAUCUCAUGAAUAGAGUAGGACCCCUGUAUCUGCAGUUCUUCUUCAUGGCCUCUGUGAAUCACACCCUGGUUGAUCCGCGCCUGCGUGGAGCCGCAUUGGAAAGUUCUAGAGCUUCUGCGGUAGCAAAAAACACAUUAGACUAAGUCCC